GUUCGAAAAUUAGAUUCGAUCGUGUCGCAACCCCUUUCUCGAUUUUCUCACCCAAUUUUUUAAAUUUCCAUCUUAAUUAUUUCCGCUAGGGUUUCCAUUCCCCCAAUUUAAUUUCACUUGCCUUUUUCAUCGAUUUCUCGAGAUGGAGGGCGUUUCGGUGUUGUAAUUGGAGCGGAGGGUUGAAAUUUGUGUAAAUUUGGGGGCAAAUGUUUGCUACCAACAUGGAUUUGGCGCGGGAUGUUGGUGGAGCUCCGAGCACGGUGUUGAUCCCAAUGCGUUUUGUGUGGCCUUAUGGGGGCAGAAGUGUGUUUCUCAGUGGUUCAUUUGCCCGCAGAUGGUCUGAACUUAUUCCUAUGACGCCAGUUGAGGGUUGCCCCACCGUGUUUCAAGCUAUUUACAGCGUAACCCCUGGAUACCACCAAUACAAGUUUUUUGUUGAUGGCGAAUGGCGACAUGAUGAGCACCAACCUUUCGUGAGUGGUGAAUAUGGGUUAGUGAACACCAUUCUCUUGGCUACAGAUCCUAAUCUCUUUCAUCCGAAUGUAACCCCAGAGAUAACUUCUGGACCUAAUUAUAUGGAAGAGGAUAAUGAGGCCUUUAGGCGUUUGGUCCGGAUUACAGAUGGUACUUUAACCGAUGUAGUACCGAGGAUAUCAGAGGUUGAUUUGCAGAGCUCUCGUCAUCGUAUUUCUGUCUUCCUGUCUACACACACCACAUAUGAACUACUCCCCGAGUCAGGCAAGGUUGUUGCCUUGGAUGUUGAUUUACCUGUAAAGAAAGCGUUUCAUAUAUUGCAUGAGCAGGGAAUCCCUUUGGCGCCUCUUUGGGACUUCAGCAGUGGACGUUUUGUUGGAGUUAUUAGUGCAUUGGAUUUUAUUUUAAUAUUGAGAGAGCUUGGAAACAAUGGAUCUAAUUUGACAGAGGAAGAGCUUGAAACACAUACUAUAGCUGCAUGGAAAGAGGGAAAAGCAUAUCUAAAUGGACAGGUUGAUGGACAUGGGAGAGCAGUGCCCAGACAGUUAGUCCAUACUGGUUCAUUAUUGAUUUUUCAGGCUGGACCAUAUGAUAAUAUGAAAGAUGUUGUUUUGAAAAUUUUGCAAAAUGGUUUUGCUACGGUUCCAAUUAUCCAUUCAUCUUCAGAAGAUGGCUCAUUUCCACAGCUAUUACAUCUUGCUUCACUGUCUGGUAUUUUAAAAUGUGUUUGCAGGUACUUUAGGCAUUCAUCUAGCACAUUACCCAUACUUCGAGCACCAAUAUGUGCACUUAAUGUGGGUACUUGGGUUCCAGAAAUUGGAGAGUCGAAUCAUCGGCCAUUAGCAACGUUGAGACCAAGUGAUUCGCUUAGUGCAGCACUUAACUUGCUAGUUCAAGCUCAAGUAAGUUCAAUACCUAUAGUUGAUGAUAAUAACUCUUUACUGGAAAUAUAUUGUCGAAGUGACAUAACAGCUUUGGCUAAAGAUAGAGCAUAUGCUGGUAUUAAUCUCAAUGAAAUGAGUAUUCAACAGGCAUUGCAGUUGGGGCAAGACUCAUUCUCUCUCUAUGAACCAAGAGGUCAAAGAUGUCAGAUGUGUUUGCGCAGUGAUUCUCUGCAUAAAGUGAUGGAGCGAUUGGCCCAUCCAGGUGUUAGACGACUUGUGAUUGUAGAAGCUGGCAGUAAGCGGGUUGAAGGCAUUGUUUCACUAAGUGACGUUUUCAAGUUCUUGAUCGGUUAACUCCUGAAGGCAAUGGAUGAAAUAGUUAGAAGGGGUUUGGCUCUGUGUUCCUCGACUCCAAGCAUGUGUUGAGGGGCAACAUCUCCUCCAACCCCAACUGCUCAUUAGAGAGAAUCCAGUACCUUACACGGUGACUUGAUCUCGUAUCAUUCAAUAUACAAUUGGAUUGGCGUCUUUGCCUUGCCUGGUUUUUUUUUUUUAGGAUUUUAGGCUGAAGAAAGAGGCCUGUAAAUACGAAUUCAUUUCCUCAGAAAUUUGUCUGUCUUCCCCCUCCCUUAUUAUUUAUACAUUGUGAUGCUGAUGUAGAUGCGAUGUUACUGAAUAGCGGGGUUCGUUUUAGUUUUAUUUUAUGUCGAAAUUAGGGGGACUAAAGAGGGAACAAAAUGAUGGUGGGGUGGAGGAAUACUGAACAAUUGACGUUAUUUGGUGCUGUGCUUACUUGUAGUAGUUGACAACUUGACAUGUAAUUGGCUUUUUUUCGGCCUCGUUCGUA